CAUUUUUAUCACGUGACUCGAGGGCAGGUUACGAACAAAGAUCUUUUCGUGUGUCGCUUCUUUGUUGGACUGUAAUCAUGGGCAAAGAAGGCGAUGCAUCACUUCGAGAGACGUUGCGGGAACGAGUGGAAGAGGUAAAGACAAAGUUGUCUUCAAAGCUGGAGCAAAAAGGGUUGAAGGGAGGACCUCCCGCUCACCCCUCAGAAUGCCGCGCUGCAUGUGGAAAGCUUCUCCACACAAUCUUUUUCGGUUCCCCCUCUCCUCCUCCCGCUCUCUUGGUCGCAGAGGAGGAGGAAGAGGAGGGUUUUACAUUCAAAGUCACCCCCAAAGGGGAGAUUCAAAUCAGAGGCUCGCCCUUCCAGGCCAUGACCCGUCCAUUCAUUAGUGGAGUCGAGCAGCUGGUCACGUCUGUCACUUCAAACUUACAAGACGCCUGUGAAGCUGCCUGCACCCACCCCGAAUUUGGUCCAAAGCUCUUUCCCGCAAACAUCACUCGUUGCUUGGCCGAUGCACAGACGCCUUCGCAAGUUCAAAAGUGCGUUCCAAACCUGGAUCAGUUCCUUGAAUUUGCCAUGAUUGCGGAAGAAAUCAGUGGAUUGGAGAGGCGUGUCGAUGAGCUGUAAACCGUUACUGGGAAAUCGUCGAAUUGGAUUGCUUCAUUGUAUAUAUCAUCAUUUAUGUAGUCUGUACUUUAGGCUAGAGCUCAUGCGAUACCCUUGUAUUAAAAAGAGGCAUUUCAUCUCGUUUGUACAUUGC